CACCAUCACACCAGGCGUCGCUGCUAAUCUCCAAGUUCUCGGCCAGUCUGACCCACAAGUAACGAACAAGAACUUGAAAGAAGCUGGGAGAACUGUAUAUCUACGAAUACUACGACUGCAACGUUUAUACGACUCAAGACAAGCCACAAUUCUCAAAACCCAUUAAGGUCCUCGUAAAGCUCUAGGAAAAAGAUGGUUCAGGGAUCCAAAGUAGACGGCCCUUCCCAAGCCGAAACCCUCCUCCGCGUAACCUCAGGAAUCGCCGCAGAACUCAUCAAAGCCCACGACGCCGGCGAGUCCGUCUCCCUCAACAUCCUCCGCGCCAAAAUCAGCAAAAAGUUCGGAUACGGAGGUGUACCCCGUCUCGUUGACAUCAUCAGUGCUAUCCCAGAUGACUACAAGAAAGCGCUGUUGCCUAAACUGAAGGCGAGGCCUAUCAGGACUGCCAGUGGAAUUGCGGUUGUAGCUGUGAUGUGCAAACCCCAUCGGUGUCCGCAUAUUGCAAUGACGGGGAAUAUCUGUGUAUAUUGUCCUGGAGGACCCGAUUCAGACUUCGAUUACAGUACACAAAGUUAUACCGGGUACGAACCAACGAGCAUGCGAGCUAUUCGUGCUCGAUACGAUCCUUAUGAGCAAACGCGAGGGCGAGUGGAGCAGUUGAAGAGCCUGGGACACAGUGUCGAUAAGGUCGAGUUCAUUGUCAUGGGAGGCACCUUUAUGAGUAUGCCAGAAGACUACCGUGAAAAGUUCAUUGCCCAAUUGCACAAUGCAUUGUCCGGGUAUACCGGAACUAAUGUCGAUGAAGCUGUCAGGUUUUCAGAGCAAAGUAAAUCAAAAGCUAUCGGUAUUACAAUCGAAACCCGCCCCGAUUACUGUCUACGGCCCCAUCUCAGCCAGAUGCUCCGCUACGGCUGCACCCGUCUCGAAAUAGGCGUCCAAUCCGUCUACGAAGACGUGGCCCGCGACACCAACCGGGGCCACACCGUCCGCGCCGUCUCCGAAUGCUUCCACCUCGCCAAAGACGCUGGUUUCAAAGUCGUCGCCCACAUGAUGCCUGACCUCCCCAACGUUGGUAUCGAGCGCGAUCUUGAACAGUUCAAAGAGUAUUUUGAGAAUCCAGCGUUUAGAAGCGAUGGAUUGAAGCUUUAUCCGACGUUGGUUAUUAGAGGAACGGGGUUGUACGAGUUGUGGAGGACGGGGAGAUAUAAGAACUAUACGCCAAAUGUUCUGGUGGAUGUGGUGGCGAGGAUUUUGGCGUUGGUGCCCCCGUGGACUAGGGUUUAUCGUGUGCAGAGAGAUAUCCCAUUGCCAUUGGUAACAAGUGGAUGCGACAACUCUGGAAACUUGCGUGAACUCGCUCUUAACCGAAUGAAAGACUUUGGAGCCGUGUGUCGAGACGUACGGUUCCGCGAAGUCGGUAUCCACGAAAUCCACCACAAAGUCCGACCAGAAUCCGUGGAACUCCUCCGACGAGACUACACGGCCAAUGGGGGUUGGGAGACUUUCCUGUCCUAUGAAGAUCCCGAGAAGGAUAUCUUGAUCGGCUUGCUGCGGUUGCGAAAGUGCUCGGAUGAGGGUACGUUUAGGCCGGAGUUGGUGAAGACCGAGCAGGGUAGCUGCAGUAUUGUGCGGGAGUUGCAUGUGUACGGAACUGCUGUUCCUGUACAUGGAAGGGACCCAACGAAAUUCCAGCAUCAGGGCUUUGGAACGCUGUUGAUGGAAGAGGCUGAGCGGAUAGCGAGGGAGGAACACGGAAGCAUCAAGCUGGCUGUUAUCUCUGGUGUCGGAACGAGAGAUUAUUACAGGAAGCUUGGGUAUGAGCUCGACGGACCCUACAUGAGCAAGAUGCUCAUCUAG